CUGAGUCCGGGCGGCCGCUCAGGCAGCAUUCGGAGCAGCCGGCGGCCGAGCCCGCGGGGGUCGGGAGAAUGCGGCGGCGCUCGCGGAUGCUGCUCUGCUUCGCCUUUCUCUGGGUGCUGGGCAUCGCCUACUACAUGUACUCGGGGGGUGGCUCCGCGCUGGCCGGGGGCGCGGGCGGCGCUGGCGCCGGCAGGAAGGAGGACUGGAAUGAAGUUGAUCCUAUUAAAAAGAAAGACCUUCAUCACAGCAACGGGGAGGAAAAAGCACAAAGCAUGGAGACCCUGCCUCCAGGAAAAGUUCGGUGGCAGGACUUUAACCAGGAAGCUUACGUUGGAGUAACAAUGGUCCGAUCUGGGCAGGACCCCUACGCCCGGAACAAGUUCAACCAGGUGGAAAGUGAUAAGUUGCGAAUGGACAGAAACGUUCCUGACACCAGACAUGAUCAGUGUCAGCGGAAGCAAUGGCGGGUGGGCCUCCCGGCCACCAGCGUGGUGAUCACAUUUCACAAUGAAGCCAGAUCAGCCUUGCUGAGGACAGUGGUCAGUGUGCUUAAGAAAAGCCCACCUCACCUCAUAAAAGAAAUCAUCUUGGUGGAUGACUACAGCAAUGAUCCUGAGGAUGGGGCUCUCCUGGGAAAAAUUGAGAAAGUGCGGGUUCUUAGAAAUGAUCGGCGAGAAGGCUUGAUGCGCUCACGGGUACGUGGGGCUGAUGCUGCCCAGGCCAAGGUCCUGACCUUCCUGGAUAGUCACUGUGAAUGCAACGAGCGAUGGCUGGAGCCCCUCCUUGAGAGGGUAGCUGAGGACAGGACUCGGGUUGUGUCACCCAUCAUUGAUGUCAUUAAUAUGGAUAACUUCCAGUAUGUGGGAGCGUCUGCUGACCUGAAAGGUGGUUUUGACUGGAAUUUGGUGUUCAAAUGGGAUUACAUGACCCCUGAGCAGAGAAGAGCCCGCCAAGGGAACCCAGUGGCCCCCAUAAAAACCCCCAUGAUUGCCGGUGGGUUGUUCGUGAUGGAUAAGUCCUACUUCGAAGAGCUAGGGAAAUACGAUAUGAUGAUGGACGUGUGGGGAGGAGAAAACCUGGAGAUCUCGUUCCGAGUGUGGCAGUGUGGUGGCAGCCUGGAGAUCAUCCCCUGCAGUCGUGUGGGACACGUGUUCCGGAAGCAGCACCCUUACACCUUCCCAGGCGGGAGCGGCACUGUUUUUGCCCGCAACACUCGCCGGGCAGCAGAGGUGUGGAUGGAUGAAUACAAAAACUUCUAUUACGCAGCAGUGCCUUCAGCCAGAAACGUCCCUUAUGGAAAUAUUCAGAGCAGACUGGAGCUUCGGAAGAAACUUAGUUGCAAGCCUUUCAAGUGGUACCUUGAGAACGUCUACCCAGAAUUAAGGGUUCCGGACCAUCAGGACAUUGCUUUUGGGGCCUUGCAGCAGGGGACCAACUGCCUCGACACUUUGGGACAUUUUGCCGAUGGUGUCGUUGGAGUGUACGAAUGUCACAAUGCUGGAGGAAACCAGGAAUGGGCCUUAACAAAGGACAAGUCGGUGAAACACAUGGAUUUGUGCCUUACUGUGGUGGACCGCACGCCUGGCUCUCUCAUAAAGCUGCAGGGCUGCAGAGAAAACGAUAGCAGACAGAAAUGGGAGCAGAUUGAGGGCAACUCCAAGCUGCGGCACGUGGGCAGCAACCUGUGCCUGGACAGCCGCACAGCCAAGAGUGGGGGCCUGAGCGUGGAGGUCUGCGGCCCCGCCCUGUCCCAGCAGUGGAAGUUCUCACUCAAUCUGCAGCAGUAGCGGCAGAGCCGUGCACCCUGGCUCCUGUCCCACUGGCUGAGUGUCAGAGAUCACAUUAUUGAUUAUGAUUCUUGAACUUUCCACGAAACUAUAUACCUCAGUAUUCCAUCACGUCUGAAAGUUGGAGAACUUCAGCAGGACGUGGGGGCUGUGCGGACACAGAAGGGGAGAGAAGAGACGGCAGCAGCUCCCCCCGCCCCCCUGGAUGCCUCUGCGGCCAGGCGCCCCUUCCAGGGUGGAGCCGUCCCCUCCUCCUUCCAGCUUCCACUUUGCAGUCUCACAGACAGCCGAGCCCCACCCAGGACACGUUGGAAGGCAGGAGGGAAAACGGGAUGUCGAUGCUCCGCAGAGCGGAGGACUCCUGAGAUCUCCACGUGCGAUCCCAUCGAAUCAUUUAUGAUCCCACAAAACCGAAUCAUGUCAUUUUGCAGGUUGACGUUUCCCACCCCCUGCCCCUCUGUCCCUGACUGUCUUCCUAGCCCAGAUUCCCCUCCUCCAUGUAAUGUACUUGCUAUAUUUGAAUAUGAACUUUUCUAUGAUGGGACACUAAAUAUAAAUCUAUAUUAAGAAAGAAUUUACCAUCAGUUCCCUAUGGUUUCUGCAGGUCACCAUCAUCUUGUAAACUCCCAACCAAGUAGCCCACACACUCGAGAAGAGGAGGAGGGACUGGAGCCCUUUGGGGGCCCCAUUGCCUCCUGGAGCCUUAUCAGCCAGUAGGUGCUACUUCUGCCAGCUGGAUGGAGUCCUGACUUCCUGUAGCUGGCACGUGGGAGGCAGGAGGUGGCUCAGACCACUGGCCUGCCCCCUGGCACCUCUGGCUGCAGCUUGGAGUUGCUGCUGUGUCUUGGAAUUCACUUUGUGUGCUGUUGGUGUCUGUAAACCUGUAUGGGUUACUCAUUUUGAGAAACAUGCUUUGGGUCUUUUUAAAUUACUUUUCCCUAAGGCAAAACAACCAACCCCACAGCUCCCCUCAAGCCGCGGUCCCACUGCCCCUCUGACAGGGUAGGCAGACAGCAUUAGAAGCUGACCCACGCACACACUGGGCUAGUGAUGAUUGGAGGCCCUGCAUGUUGGGCUUUCAGAUUAAUUGAGCUGUCAGCAGAAGGUGGGUGAUUAGCCUCUGUCUGAACACAAGCCUGGUAUACAGCUUCUGUGUAACUGGCAUCCUGGUGUGUGAGCAACACCAGCAAGGUUACAGUGGGCCUGGAGUUUGGCCUGCCUGCCCCGGCCCCACCCAAGUGCAAGAGGGGAUGCAUCUCCAUUUCCUCCCCUGCCCCACAAUAACCACUUCUGGAAGCUUCGGGUAAAGAAUCGGGAAGGAACAAAACAACAAAAGAACACCAGCUAACUUAAAUUGAGGAUUCAGGGCAAAAAAUAGGAGCCUUGUAGUUUAAGUUGAAGAUUUCAGUAUAAACCAUGACACAGUUGUGAAUUGAAAUAAUGAGCAGACAGGCCAGGUGCUUGGAUUGCUGCCCAGGGUGUCCUAGGGAGCCACCAUGCUUCCGUGGUGCCCACAGCAAUGACAGAGUAGCCAGUCCUGUGCACAGUGACCCCCUGGCCAUUCCUAUGGUCCUGCCUUGCUUCCCUCCCCCUGUCCCAGCCCCUGUCACCCACCCACGCACCCAGAUAUCCCAUUCUGAGGUAGUUGGUGGGCCCAGUAGCGAGCAGAGUGCUGUGGUUUUAAUGUGCAUGCACAGACGCACAUCUGUCUGCCCCUCAGAGGGACUGCUGCAGUCACAGAGUUAGAAGUGGCUUAGAAGAUUCUGCUAAGUUGAGUCUGACCAGUGCUGGCCUUUCCUGCCAUUCCUUGUAGAGAAGGGAACGUUGUCAGUCUUCCUUCUUCCACUGCAGAAGCCCCACACAGGUAUGCUUUGUGAUGGUGGAGUUUACAGCAGGGACGCCAUUGGGUUGUCUUUGUCCCUUGUCUUCUCCAUUUUGCUCCCUGCCAGCAACCAGAUGUAUUCUAAGUGAACAGAAUAGCCACAAGUUGGAUUUAAUUCUGCAUGCUUCUAUCUUUAGAGACUGAUCCUGACUACAGAUAGGUUUGGGGAGAGUCUAAGGAAAAUCACUCUUAGGUACCUGUGCAAGGCCACUGGCUACAGAUUGAGGGCAGGAGUGAAUCCCUAGCCCAGAGCACCUGGGUUCUGUUGUCAGACCCUGUCACCUGUGAGCUUCUACUACUGUUGUUAGGGAAAAGGUCCCAUUGAUGUAAAAUAAAUUUGGCUUGUUUUAAAAUUAGGUUUCUUGAUGAAUCCAUCACCCAUACCCCAUCCCGCCCAGAGUCUAUCGAACCGUAGGGAUGUGACCACCAAAUCCCACGGGCCGGCUGUGCCCUGGGAGGCAGCCUCAACGUCUGCUGGGGAGGGGUCCUUUGCGAACUAUGUUUACAUGACACAGUGUGCCAAAGUGACUUACUGUGACUGCAUUAUUUUUUAGUCAUCGGGACGAUCCCACCCUCCUACCCUCAUUUUUAAAACUAAAAGUUCUUUCCUAAGAACCCGUCAAGCAAAGUGUAACAAGGUUGUCUUCUCUGUGGUGGUCUCUAAUGUCUUCAUAAAAGCUAAAAUGAUGGUAUCUGUGAGUAUGUUUUGCAAAUUUAAAAUAUAGUUUGGUAAUUUUUUUUUCCAGUUGAUUUUUAAAAAGAACUGCUGUACAGAGCUUGUACUUUGUUCAUUUUAUAGAUGGAAACCAUCCUUGAAAAUUGUUUAACUUAAAUAAAGAGAUGAUACUUUAUAGAUAAA